CACGAUACUCGUUGACCCUCCUCUUCUAAGGUCCUCUACUUCCUUCUGCUCAGCAUUACCCCACGGCGGGUCUCAAUUUCAUGGAACAUACCUCCCUCUUCACCAUCAUCUCCGGCGCCCAAACCGGUGUCGACACAGCGGCAAUCCGCACCGCCCUCCACCUCUCCAUCCCUCUAACCGGCUGGGUCCCCCACAACUUCACCAACGAACGCGGACGCAUCCCCGAUGCCUACAUCCUUUUCCUCCGCGAAACUUCAAGUUCGGAGACUGCUGAACGUACAAAGUUGAACAUGCACGAUGCCAAUGGCAUCCUUACAAUCCUACGCGGUCCGAAGGAGAAAGCAAUAGGUGGGACCAAGCUGGGCGUAGACGAGGCAGAAGAGGAGGGGAAGACCAUGUGUUUUGUGGACUUGAACGCUGCGGGGGAGGGUGAAAUCCACAAGGUCAAGCAAUGGCUUCAAAUUCAUCGGAUCACGAAGUGUGCAAUCGGAGGACCUAGAGAAAGUGAAGAACCUGGAAUUGAGGCUGAUGCCGAGGAGUUCUUGAUGGAGGUCUUUGGUGGGGAGUGAUGGCGAUCGGUUCUGCUCUGCUCCUCCUCAUCUACAACACCCAUCGCGGACUUCGAGCCCAUUGAUCGCUUUCCCUAGAUCUUCAUCAUGUGGAGAUCGACAGGGUGAAGCGAGGUCGGAAUACACGACACCUGAAAUAUCUUGUCACGGAAGGCAUAUGCAUGUUCCAUGACCUUUACAGCACCAGUGACACGACCAUACCCAUUACCGGCCACGUGUGCAUUCGAGAAAUCUUGACCUUAUCGACCAAUCCCAACGAAAAGCUCUCCAUCGAACGAUCUGCGAAAACCUAAAGGACCGCGGCCUCCACUUACGCUUCUCCGUCAUCGCCGGCAAAUGCCCCUCCCUCCUCCUCGGCCGCGGCCCCCGCACACUUGGUCAAAUCACCCCUGCAAACCCGACUCGGAGGAAGAAGGGUGGUAUCAUCACGGCACGCACGAGGAACU